UUGGUCGACUUUGGAACCUGCGGAACCUUAGGAUCGAAUCAAGACAUUGGUAGCUCUCUUUCUUUAAAUUUUGAUGCGGUAAGUAUCAUUAACUCUCAGAUAAUCGUGUCUGUUCAAUUUACACGUAUUCUUUGCUCGCUCAUGCCUUUUGAAGAAAAAAAAAAAAAAAAAAAAAAAGAAACUUUAGAAUUGAAAGUAUCGAUUAAUGAAUGAUAAAAUGAUAAGUGAAUAAGUGAUAAAAAGAAAAGUAUGUACGAGUAAAUAAUCAGAGUCAUGGGGGAACGAUUUCUCAAAGACACGUAGUUUGACGAUUACUUUUUAAAUUCAAUCAAAUUUUCAGCUGGCUUCUGGAAUAAUGGACGCAUUACAAGUUUUCCUCAAAGGUGCUGCAACAGCUAACACUCUUGCGAAAUUCGUAAUCGACGCUCUCAACGUUUUUAUGAACGCCGGCAUAUUCUAAUGAAAAAAAAUAACUUUCUA